AUGGGAGUAAAGAGAUCUGGUAAAGGGGAGUGCUUGAAUUUGGAGAUCUAUAGAAAGUUCCUUAUUGGGUUGGUUUUGAUCUGCACAGCAAGAAAUUCAGUUGGAGUUACUAAUCCAAGUGAUGUUACUGCAAUUAAUAGCUUAUACAUUUCACUGGGCUCUCCUUUACUGCCUGGGUGGGUCGGCGUUGGGGGGAUCCAUGCGGCGAAGGGUGGCAAGGCAUUGUAUAGAUCUGAGCAACAACCACAUAGGGGGAGUAUACCUUCCAGUCUGCCUGUAACCUUGCAAACCUUGUAUGCUUGCCCUUUACAUGAGAUGCGUCUCCUUUCAUAUUGCAAUGACUUCAUUUGCAUUAAUGAUGCUAACCACUUAGUUGGCAGACGAUUGCAGAACAAUCAGCUGUCUGGGACCCUUGAUGUUCUACAAGAUCUGCCCCUGAGCGAUUUGUACUAUUCCCAACCACGUUUACCAGAGUAUGAGCAACCAAAUGCAGCGUCCCUUAAAACUAUCAGGUCAUGGAAAUCAUAUCAGGUUGAUGUGUUCAAACAGUUAAAGACUGAUCAUGUUUCUUGA